AUGACAGUCUCCUAUAUCAACGGUAAGGGUCAGCGAGUAAGUCCCUCUCCGCCUCAGACGCCGGCAUACUCGAUCCCCAAGGAUACAACAUGGAACGACCCAAGCAAUCGCCGGUUGCGUGUCAUUACCAUUGGGGCUGGAUUCUCAGGCAUCCUGAUGGCGUAUCAGGUGCAGAAGCAGUGCCAAAAUAUGGAGCAUGUUGUGUACGAGAAGAACAGCGAUAUUGGAGGCACCUGGCUCACGAAUCGCUAUCCAAACGCUGGCUGUGAUGUUCCUAGCCAUGCAUACACCUACCGAUUUGCAUUGUACCCCGACUGGCCGCGAUACUUCUCCUACGCCGCCGAUAUCUGGGAAUAUCUCGACAAGGUCUGCAAUGCCUUCGAUCUCCGAAAGUACAUGCAGUUCCAGACAGAAGUGGUCGAGAGUCGCUGGGUCGAGGACAAGGGCCAGUGGAAUGUUCGCCUCCGGCGACAGCGGCCUGGACAUGAACCAGAGGAGUUCGACGAUUACUGCCAUGUCCUGCUGAAUGCAUGUGGAGUACUCAGCAAUCCAAAGUGGCCCGAUACACCGGGGCUGCACCAUCGCUUCAAAGGGCGAGUCGUCCACACCGCGAAUUGGCCAGACGACUACAAACAAGACCAGUGGAGGAACGAGCGCGUCGCAGUCAUCGGGUCCGGCGCAUCUUCCGUACAGGCCGUCGCUGGUAUGCAACCACAUACAGACCAUCUUGACGUCUUUGUCCGCACGGGCAUCUGGUUCGGCGUUCUGGCAGGCAACACCGGGGCACCAGCAAAGGUCUACAGCGACAGUGAACGCACUGAAUUCAAAACCAACCCGACAGCCUUGGUGGACCAUGCAAAAGACAUCGAGGCCGAGGUCAAUGGAAUGUGGGGGGCCUUCUACCGCGACUCGAUGGCGCAGAAGGGGGCGUCAAAUUUCUUCCGCCAGCGCACUGCCAGCAUCAUCAAGGACGAACGGUUGGCUCAAGGCUUCACACCCAAUUUUGGCUUUGGGUGUCGUCGGAUCACACCUGGAGACCCCUACAUGGAAGCGAUCCAGCAGUCCAAUGUCGAUGUCCAUUUCACAGCUGUUGCGAGUUGCACUGAAGAUGGUGUCGUUGGAGCGGACGGCGUAGAGAGGAAGGUAGACACCGUUGUCUGUGCGACUGGAUUCGACAACACUUAUCGUCCACAGUUUGCGACCAUCGGGCGAAAUGGAGUUGACCUCCGUGACAAGUGGAAGAAAAGCCCUGAAGCGUAUCUUGGGCUCGCUGUACCGGAGAUGCCCAACUACCUCACGUUCAUCGGCCCCUCAUGGCCUAUCCAGAACGGCAGUGUGAUGGCUCCGCUGCAUUCUGUUUCCGAAUAUGCAAUCCAGCUGUUGAAUAAGAUGCAGAACGAAAAUAUCCGCAGCUGGGUUCCUCGACAGAAGGUUACAGAUCAGUUCAACGAGCAUGUCCAGGAGUGGGUGAAGCACACCGUCUGGAGUGAUGAUUGUCGAAGCUGGUAUAAAAACAACGAAACUGGCCGCGUCAACGCCAUCUGGCCAGGCUCAUCGCUGCAUUAUCAGCAGGUAAUCGAACGGCCACGGUACGAGGACUUUGAGAUCCGCCACUUCGAUUCGAACCCUUGGGCCCAUCUGGGAAUGGGAUGGACUACCGUAGACCGCGCGGGGGGUAAGAAGGCAGAUGUCUCGCCCCAUUUAUGCUUGGACAAUAUCGACCCCAUAUGGUUCAAGGCAAUUGGGGGCGACCUGAACAUGCUCGAGUGGCAGCGGUAUAAAGCAAACACCAAAUCUCAAAACAGCAAGGCUGGUGAGACAGACACUUAG